UCCUAUUGACAGGUGUACCCGGAAGAAACCCGGAUUUUGAAAAUGGCGAUCUGUGAUGGUCUCUUUCAAAACAGAAAAAAGUAGAGUUGCUUUUAAAGUUCAGUCAAUUUCAUAACCAACACAUGUUGUGAGGUUUGGUGAUGCGGAGAUUGUGAUUUAUGGUAAAAAUGGACACCGUGAGGAUGGAACGAGAGGACGAUGGGAAUAAAGAUUCCUACACGGAGAACCUCAUUGGCACACUGUUAGCUAUCUUUGGAAACCUGUUGGUCAGCAUCUCCGUAAGCAUUCAGAAACAAAGUCAUGUGGCCUUAGCAGGAAAUAAAGAUCCAAGGCGGUACUACCGUACUAAGACCUGGUGGUUCGGUCUAGUGCUCAUGGUUUUUGGAGAGGGGGCUCUGUUUGUAUCAUACGCCUAUGCUCCCCUGUCUCUCAUAGCUCCACUUAAUGCUGUUUCUGUCAUAUCGAGCUCCAUCUUAGGUUUCCUAUUUUUGCGAGAAAAGUGGAAGGCACAGGAAUUCUUGAAGCGCUACAUUUUGACUUUUCUGGGCUGUGCCAUGACGGCAGGCGGUACUUACCUCUUUGUGACAUUUGGGCCGAACUCCCACGAGACGCUGAAUGCAGAAAAUAUAGUCCAACAUCUUAUAAGCUGGCCAUUCCUCUUAUACUCGCUUCUGGGAAUCAUCACAUUUUGCCUGAUCCUAUAUUUCUACAAACAACGGAAUGCAAACUACCUCGUUUUGAUUCUGCUAUUGGUGUCACUACUCGGCGCCGUGACUGUGAUCACAGUGAAAGCGGUGUCAGGAAUGAUUGUGCUGAGUGUCAUAGGUCCUCUACAGCUCUCAUACCCCAUAUUUUACGUUAUGUUCGUCUGCAUGGUGGCUUCUGUUGUGUUCCAAGCAUCAUUUUUAGCACAGGCAUCUCACCUGUAUGAUUCUUCUCUCAUCACCUGCGUGAAUUACAUUUUCUCAACAACAUUUGCCAUCGUGUCAGGAUGCAUAUUUUACCAGGAGUUUAACCAUGAAGAUGUCCUGCACAUAUGCAUGUUUCUAUUGGGAUGUGCUCUUUGCUACCUUGGGGUGUUCCUUAUCACCAAAAACAAGAGGAAAGCCAAAGCCUUUGAACCAUAUGUCACUAUGGACAUGGCGAAAGGUAUACCAACUAUUCACGACAAAGGCUGGGCUGUGCAACCUGAUAAUGGCUCAUUUUCCUACGGAGCACUGGAGAACAAUGACAGCGUUACUCCUGUGACUCUUCCCGUGGGUCAGGAUCCGUCCAUUUCACCCGGUCCUGUCAACCACUACCAAAACACAGAGCUAAAGAGAGACUAAAGAAAAUAAGUGCAUAUACGACUUCAACCAAAAGAAACGUUUCUGUUUAGGCCUUUUCUGUUUGCUUGACGGCAACAAAUUAUUCAAAGUAGUCUGAUUGCUUAAUAAUUGGGCCUUUGGAGAACUUCUGAUACUGUGUUAUUGUUGGGGUUAGUACAAUAACUGGCAUGUUGUAUUUGUAUUAAACUCUGUGCCUUAAAUAUAUUGCUUGACACUUUGAUCACUCCUGACCCCCACAUCAAAGCUCAUAAAGCUAACAUAAGGGCCUAUAUAUAUACCUCAAAAGUGUUAUAGAUUGUACUACUGGUUUGGACCAAACAUAAUCCAACUUAAUCACUCCGAGGCCUAAUGUGUACGUAAACUUUCCUCCCAGUUAUAUACAAAUACAUGUUCAUCACAAAACUUGUGCACACUUUCCUGUAUUUGCAGUAUGUGGUCUGAAAUGUGUGCUUUGCCUUUUUUUUAUUAUGUGCCUGCAGGAAAUUGCAUUUCUAUACAAAUCUUUGUAAUGAUACGAUAUACACCAGGUACCAGAAGACAGAUGGUUGUUGAAUUGUACAGAUGACUUCUGUAAUGUUUGCUGAAACAAUGAUGGAUAUUUUAUUGGUAAUAUUUGGUUGUCGUUUUACCUUUUGUACAUAAAUCACAAAUGAUCAUUAUGCUGUUGAAAAAUAUUUGCUUUUGUUUGAAAGUUAGGGGAACUUGAAUAUUGAAAGUCACACUAAGUUAUGUUUAGACACAAUAACUUUUUUUAAAUACAGGAUUCUUAAUAUAUCCUAUAAAAAGAUAUUCUUAAAUUAAUGUCAGGAUUGUGUUUUGGUGUUUAUCCGGUUUUAGACAUUCGAUAGUGAUAUCAUGUAGUUAUCCAAUAUAAGUUAUGUCUUAAUAUUUAAGGAAAUGGUUUAAGUCCUGCAGAACCAGUAAUACUGCUCGUUGUUAUAACGGAUUUCUCAUUGUUCUGAUCUAAUGCCGCUUACUGAGUUUGUACAGCUGUUUUUCAUGAUAAAUGUAUUAAAGCCUUACUGCAUCAUGUA